AUUAAGUUCUCAUGCAUGAAUGCAUGCUAGCUCUUGAUCUCACGAUCACUCAUUAAUUAGUACUCUCAGUUCAGCAAGGUGGGUGCAAUGGAGGAUCUUCCUCCGGGGUUUCGAUUCCACCCGACCGACGAAGAACUCAUCACCUACUAUCUAAUAAGGAAGGUGACUGAGUUCGGCUUCAUCACGCGAGCCAUUGCCGAUGUCGAUCUCAACAAAUCCGAGCCUUGGGACUUGCCAGGGAAGGCAAGCAUGGGAGUGAAAGAGUGGUAUUUCUUCAGCAUCAAGGACCGAAAGUACCCGACCGGAUUCCGAACCAACCGAGCCACCGCGGCCGGCUACUGGAAGACCACAGGCAAAGACAAGGAGAUCUACCAAAACGGAGGCACCCUAGUGGGCAUGAAGAAAACUCUAGUGUUUUACAAGGGGAGGGCUCCCAAGGGCGAGAAGACAAGUUGGGUGAUGCAUGAGUACAGACUCCAAACCAAUUUGCCCUUGUACAGACCAAUGAAGGAGGAGUGGGUCGUGUGUAGGGUUUUCAAGAAGAACAACAUGGCGAAGAAUCCACAGCCAGACUCCCCGGCAUUGCUCGGCUCUCCCUACAGUAGUGCCAUGUCGAUAAACGAGCUCGGAGAAGUCGAUGUCUCAGUCUUGCAGGACCUGGUCAGCUCGUCGAGCUCCAACCCUACUGUGCAAUUGCAAACGGGUUAUGACCCGAACGUGCACAACAAAGUGGACGUGAACGCGUACUUGAGCUGGGUCAUGGCUAGCCAGGCCAAUGGUGGACUGCAGCCUUCACUUCCAUGGGGAGCAACAGGGCUGGAGUUCACCCCAAACCCUGCAAUUGUAUCAGCAUUAGCACCGCAACCGGAAGCCGAUUUGAACUCUUUCGCGGCGCAAGGCGACGGUCUACUCGGAAACAGCUUGAGGUUGAGCUUCCCUGGUGUUGCUUCAUCAGGAGGUUUGGAUUGCGCACAGCAACAGCAAGUGCAGUUAGUGAACCAGGAAACACUUUGGAGAGCACAUUAAUUACUGCUAUAUAUGAAGUAUAAGAAAGUAAAUGUGGGAAUAUGUUCUUGAUAGUUUAUAUAUAGCCAAAAUUUGUGGGGGAAAAAACAAGUCUUAUACGUUCUAGGCCUGUAUCUGUAUGCUUUUAACUAUAAGGUAAACAUCUCUGUAAGGUGAGUUAUUAUAGAUUGAUCAUAUGUGAAUGUAGUGAGAGAGGAAAUGAAUUGAUGCAGUCAAAAGUUGAAGGAAGAUCAGUAACCACAAUGUGCUAUUCCCUAGUAAUUAAAUGUAUUAAUAAUGCAGUACGAAAACAAAAACAA